AUGGUUUUUUCUACUACAUUGGUAUCAAAUAAAAAUAUUACUGCUAAUUCUCCUCCUGCUAGAGAGAAUACUAGUUCCAUGAUAUCUCCUACCACUACAAGUACUACAAAAACUGAUAUUACUACUAGUACUACUACUACUACAUCUGUUGUUAAUGCUGUAACUACAAGUACGCCUUCAAUUUUUAUAUCCCAUAAAAAUAGCAGUAAUGAUAAUAAUAAUAAUACCAAGGACUAUAACAAUAAUACCAGUAAACACUACAAUAAUACAAAUAUUGCAUUGAGCGUCAGUCCGACCUCUACACUCCCUAUAAAUAACGACAACAGUAAUAAUAAUAAUGAUAACCGCCAAAACAGUGAUAAUAAUCGUAGCAUGGGAAAUGCUAUGGACUUAAAUAAGAUAAGAAAAGAUUCAAUUGCACAUUCCCAGGGGGUAGGUGGUGUUUCUUGGGGAUCCCUCACAAUCGGUUCAUGGUUAAGAGAUGAAGUCAUGUUACGUGGAUUUAAUAAUAACAAUAGCAAUAGUAAUAGUAAUAGUAAUAAUAAUAGUAAUAGUAAUAAUAAUAGUAAUAGUAAUAGUGCUAGUAAUAGCUAUAAUAAUAUAAUGGGGACUAUGAUGGAGAAUCAUAUUGGUUCUAAUUCCAAUUAUACAAGUCAUUCAAAGAUGUAUAAUGCUAAUAGGAACUCCAUCUCUUAUAGACGGCUAUCCACAAUUAAUAAACUGAAUAACCCUAAUAAAACAAUAAAAGUGGAACAUGAUGAUUCUAAUAAUAUUACCAACACCAACAGUAAAGACAUCGACCAUGGCUAUCGUCAUGAUACUACUAAAAAUAAUAACCAUGCAAAUGAUUCCUAUUCUAAUUUUUCUUUGAAUACCUCAGACAACUCCGAUGUGUUGCAUUUGAACUCACCACUGAGUACGACUAGUACUUAUCUACCUUAUCUUGAGACUCAGUUUUGUAGAGAUUACUCGUGCUGUGGGUUAUCAUUACCAGGUUUGCAUGAUUUAUUAAGACAUUAUGAAGAGGCUCAUAUUGGAGGCAUCGGUUAUAAUAGUGGUUUUAAUAGUGGAAAUCAUAUCAAUUACAACUAUUCGAAUUAUGGCAUGAAAAAACCAAAUAAUUACUUAAAACAACAAUAUACUAUCAAACAGCAUAGAAAUGGUUUGCAAGAACACCUGAAAUCAAGGAAUAGUCAUGAAAACACUUCAUUAUCAAAUAGUAUAUAUAAUAAUAAUAUGACUAAAAAUGAAAAUAUUCAAACUGGUUCUAUAUCCACGCCGAAAAACAAGGAUAAUUUGAAUAAUUUUACUUUUAAUAAUGAUAAGGAUAGGGAUAUAACUGUACGAAAUGGUGCGAAAGUUACUACAAAUAAAGAUACAAAUAUCAACAAUAGAAAUAAUGGUAACAGUAGUAAUAGCAGCACUACUACUACUGGUGGUAGUGAUGAUAAUAGCAGAGUACAUAAUAAUAAAAAUAAUAACUCUCUGAUAGGAACUAGCCUGGAUAUAGGUUUAAUGAAUAAUGGUUUGUUAGAUAUGGAGUUUGACCCUUCUAAUAAUCAUGGUAUUAAUAGGAUGUCCAAUUCUACAUCACAUGAUUCGACCAAUAAUAUGGGUUCUGAUCAAAACUUAAGAAAUAAUAUGGUCCCAUCUUCUAUUAUCACUCAGGACUCAUUAAACAUUGGAUCUGAUUCAAGCCAUUUAGAUUUAAGUCAUGGCCUUGGUGUUAUAGAUGCUGAUCCACAUUACAGUAACGAAAUAGCAGUAGAAGAUGAUGAUGGUGAUAAUGAUAUUGACAUGAAUUCUGAUAUCAGGGGUGUUGGUAGUAAUAAUAAUAACAAUAAUAAUAGUAACAGCAAUAAUAAAAAUAAUGGCAAUAUAGCUAUGAAUAAAAAUAACAAUUCUUUUCAUAAUUUGAAAGAGUCAGUUAAUUCCUUAGAUGUAACUACAAAUGGUGGUCAUAAUUUUCAUAAUAUUUUAAUGGAAAAUUCUGACAAUUUGAAUAAUUUACUUAUGGAUUCCUUUUCUAUACCACAAAUUCAUUUGAAUGAUAAUAUGCAUACACAUAAUAAUGGUAAUAAUAAUAAUAGUCAUGAUGUACUGGGUGGCAUCGGUAAUAGUCGAUCAUUCAUGGAUGAUACGAUUCAUAAUGAUGCAUCUGGGAUGGCACAUCAAGACACAUUGUCUAAUUUGCACCCAAAUAAUGACGAUGAUAUGAAUAAUGAUGAUAUGAAUAAUGAUGGAAAUAGGGUAAAUUUUAUCGAUGACCCAGCAAGAAGACUGUAUGUUAUGGAUCAUGAAGAACAUAAACCAUUCAAAUGCCCAGUUAUUGGUUGUGAAAAGACAUAUAAGAAUCAAAACGGUCUGAAAUAUCAUAGAUUGCAUGGGCAUCAAAAUCAAAAACUGUUGGAAAAUCCUGAUGGUACAUUUACUGUUUUGGAUCCUGAUUCUAAUGAACCAUAUCCUGAAGGAAUGGGGUAUGAAAAGGAUAAGCCAUAUCGUUGUGAAGUUUGUGGUAAACGGUAUAAGAACUUAAAUGGGUUAAAAUAUCAUAGAGGUCAUUCCACUCAUUAA